ACGGAAGAAAAACAAACGGUUGCGGAGCAGGAAACAAACGGUCGCGGAGGAGACAAUAACGACGGAGACGAAGCUCCGGUAAACGGUGACGGACAUUUUAGCUCCGAACGGUCCGACCGGAGGCAGAGACACCGAGAGACGGUGGGUGGACCGUUGCGGGGGGGAGGGAGACCUGUGUGAGUGCUUAGCGGGGGCUGCCGCUCCGCUCCACCGCCGGGCUCCAGCAGGACGGGGCGGGGUGAUGUGAUGUCGAGGUUCCGGUAUAACAGUUCCGAGGAAAUGGGUAGCCGGCUACCGACGCUGCGCCUUCACACCGGAGACUAGAAUGAGAAGUUGGCCGCGUUUGGAGUAACAGGGCGGCGGAGAAACCGUCUGGGGGAGGCCGCUGGAAGAAGAGGAGGCGGCGGAGGAGGAGGAGGAGGAGGAGGAGGGGGAGAAGCGUGUCUUCCAACCCCCCCCAAUCCGUCCGUCCACACGAUGAGGACGAUAUUUACAGUCUGGUGUCUCUUCCUGCUCACAGGAGGAGCGGACCGGGCGUGGGCCGCCGGUAACUUAACGGUCGACGGUGGCGGCACCAACAGCAGCAGCAGCAGCGGCGGCGGCAGGUUCAUCCGGAUCGGGGACGGUUCCUCGCAGGAAUUUGAGUUCCCGGAAAACACGAACGGUGUGAUUGUGAUCUCCAGCCGGUACCGGAGCGGCGCGGUCAGCAGGAAGGGCCGCCGGAGCUGGAAGGAGACGGUGCGGGUCCGCUCCCUGGACCCGGAGGUCCUCUCCAUCCUGAACGUGACGGACAGCGGCCAAGCGGGACCCUCCAGGAGCUACAUCAUCAGCAUCCGCUCCGGGUUCCCGGGCACGGCCCAGCUCCAGAUCCAGCUCCUGGACCUGGACCAGGACUCGGGUCCGGUUCUGAUCGAGGAGAGGACGGACUACUCCAUCAGGGUGGCGCCCGGCGACGAGGACCCGGCCUCCCGGCUCGUCCAGUCGGGGGGCCUGUCCCACUUCUCGGAGAACCCGGUGCUGUUCGCGCUGCUGCCCCUCAUCUUCAUCAACAAGUGCGCCUUCGGGUGCAAGGUGGAGGUGGAGGUGCUGCGGGGGCUGCUGAGGAGCCCCGUGCCCCUGCUCCUCGGGGUCCUGGGGCAGUUCCUGGUCAUGCCCCUCUACGCCUACUGCGUGUCCCGGCUGGCCUCGCUGCACACGGCGCUCUCCCUGGGCCUGGUCAUCGCCUGCUCGGCGCCGGGCGGCGGCGGCGGCUACCUGUACAGCCUCCUCCUCGGGGGGGACGUCACCCUGGCCAUCUCCAUGACCCUGGUGUCCACGGUGGUGGCGGCGGCGGCCAUGCCGCUGUCCUCGGCGGUGUACGGGCGUCUCCUGGGCGUCCACGCCGCCCUCCACGUCCCCUUCGUGAAGAUCCUGGGCACGCUCCUGUUCAUCGCCAUCCCCAUCUCCCUGGGCAUGCUGGUCAAGCUCCGCCUCCCCGCCCUCACCCGCGUCCUCCUGGCGCUCAUACGACCCUUCAGCUUCGUGCUCAUCGUGGGCGGCAUCUUCAUGGCCUACCAGAUGGGCGCCUCCAUCCUGGCCAACGUCCAGCCGCCCAUCGUGGCGGUCGGCGUCACGGUGCCUUUGCUGGGCCUGGUGGUCGGCGCCGCCAUGGCCAAGAUGGCGGGCCUGGCGCCGCCCCAGAGGAAGACGGUCAGCAUCGAGGUGGGCGUCCAGAACAGCCUGCUGGCGCUCGCCGUCAUGCAGCUGUCCUUCCGCCGGGAGGAGGCGGACUUCGCGUCCCAGGCGCCGUUCAUCGUGGCGCUCAGCAGCACCUCGGAGAUGCUCCUGUUCGUCCUGGGGUUCUACGCCCGGGGCAGGUUCUGUGGGACGCCCGCCCCCAGGAGCGACGCCUGAUGCCUGAUUGUAGCUGCAGUUUGGACCUUUUGAAACCUGUGGAACCCCCCGGGGGGGGGGAGUCGCACCAGACGCCCCCCCCACGAUCCGAAACCCCGUCAUCACUGUUGUUGUUGUCGUGACAGGAAACGGUGAAGAGACUUAUUUUUUUGUGGCUCGUUUUUUGUCGUUUUGGUAUUUUUUCAUGGAGAAAAAAAAAAAAACCAAAGGCCUUUUACCCGCUGAGACCUUUUUCUUUCUUUUUGUGUGUUUGUGUUUUACAGUAUGUACUUUUUAAGAUCAGAUUAUACUGUGACGUACUUUAAUGUAAAUAUUCAUAAGAAGAGAAAUACCUAUAAAACAAAUGAUAUUUUUCUACCAGAUUACUUUUUUUUUUGUAAUCAAAAAAGCAAAGAUUGAUUCGUACCAUGUUUACAAGCGGUCCAUGUGUCUUAGCUGGAGGAGGUGGGGGGGGCUGUGGGGUGUUUUUGUGGGGAGGGAGGGGAGGGGUGGGGGGGUUAAACCGAAGCGAUGAUGAUCUGUUUUUUUGAAAGUAUUUACCACUGAUUGUGUUUCCCGGAUCUUCGUAUCCUUGUACUUGAAAUAUCUGAGAAGACAAGUGAAGAAAAAGGAAAUAAAGUUAAAAGAAAACGCCUUCAAGUCAAAUUCGA